ACUCCACAGUUGCAUUGCUUCUCAGUUUCUUGGGAAGGCAGAUCCUUUCUGGACCAGUUCACUUUCAGACCUAACUUUGCACCCGCUGCUGCUACAAAGGCAUCCUUUAAAACAAAGACUCGGAUCUGGGAGGAGGAAUGUUCCAGAACCUGCGUAAGCACUUUGCUGACCACCUGGUUGAACGUCGGACCAGGAGAUCCCGGCUGGUGUCCAAAGAUGGCCAGUGCAACAUCAAGCUCGGCCAUGUGGAGGAGAAGAACAGAAUGGCCUUCCUGUCCGAUAUCUGGACCACCUUCCUGGAUAUGCGCUGGAGGUACAAGAUGACCAUCUUCAACGUAGUCUUCCUGGGCUCCUGGUUCAUCUUUGCAGUGUUUUAUUAUGUAAUCGCCUACGUGCACGGGGACCUGCUUGAAUUCGACCCCCCCCAGAACCAUACCCCCUGCGUGUUCAACGUCUUUGGGCUCACGUCUGCGUUCCUCUUCUCCAUUGAGACCCAGAUGACCACGGGCUACGGUUACCGCUGCAUAACGCCAGAGUGUGGGAUUGCUGUCAUCGUCGUGGUUGUCCAGACUAUUGUGGGAACCUUCAUCAAUGCCUUCAUCGGCGGUAUCAUGGUAGCCAAGUUUGCGCGGCCCAUCAAGAGGACUAAGACAAUCACCUUCAGUAAGACUGCAGUCAUCGGCAACCACGAGGGCAAGCUAUGUCUUUUCAUCCGGGUGGCCAAUCUCCGCAAGAGCCUUCUGAUCAAGAACUACAUCUACGGCAAGCUCCUGAAGACCACCGUGACCCCAGAAGGUGAGACCAUCGUCCUGGACCAGGUGGAUAUUGAUUUUGUGGUGGAUGUCGGCAAAGAGAACAUGUUCUUCAUCUGCCCGCUCACCAUCUUCCACAUAAUCGACAGCUCAAGUCCCUUCUUUGAUAUGUCGAUGGACACCCUUGCCCAGCAGGAAUUUGAGCUGGUGGUCUUCUUGGAUGGGACGAUGGAGUCUACUAGUACCUGCUGCCAGGUGCGGACUUCCUAUCUGCCCAAGGAGAUCCAGUGGGGGUAUCGCUUUGCCCCCAUUGCCUCCAAGUCCAAACAAGGAAAGUACUCUGUAGACUUCUCUAACUUCAACAAGACAGUGGCGGUGCCCACGCCCCACUGCGCCUUCUGUUUCCUCGAUGAGAAGGGGCACGGAGAGGAACCCAAAAAAGGGUAUGAUAACGCAGCCUUCCAACACAGUACCGAAACACCAACGGAUGACAUCGAAAUGUGAGGGAAGGAUUGAAGAGGGUGGGCAGUUUUGAAGCAGGAUUAACCAGGAGAUCUUUCCACGGUUUAGUCCAGACAGUCAUAAAUGUGUUUUGAGGUGAUAUGUAGUAUUGCACACUGAUGUGUUUUUAUAGUUUUAUUCUACUACAUUUGCAACACCAGGGCCCCCUAAUUGUUCCUCUGCUCCCCAGUUCUUUCAGUGUGCGAAAUAAGCUUCAUAUUGAUCAGUACAGGUUUAUUUACUUCCAACCACAAGUGUUUGCAAAAUAGAGACUUGUCAGCUUCUGAAAUUGAACUUCCACUGUUGUGUAAGGUUUAAUGUGUCCUUGUUCUCUGAUAUGAAGUUUUUACUUGGGUUGAAGUGCCUCCCAGUUGUCUUGACAACAAAAAAAGAAGAAAACAAAUUGCUCUUUUGCAAAACACAAGCAGUUUAUGGGGUUACGUUGAAGGGGAUUAUUUUUUUUAAUCUGUUUUUAUGAGUAUUUUUUUUUCCACAAAGCUGUCGCUAGAAAUGAACUGUUGAUUAUUAAGAAUGAUUUAUUCUUACCCAGCUGGAGUCUUGUCAGAGCGGUACAGAAAUUAAUUAAAUUAACAGAGGAUUGAACAAUGAAACAACAAAAGACAACUGAAUAAAAAAAUUAAAGAAUG